AUGGAAAUGCCCGAAAGAUCACGGAAUUUUAAAAUCAUGUCGCCGCAUCUGCGAUGGCGCCGGGAGGCAGAUACUGCCCCCAAGGUAGAGCCAAAUGCCACCAUCACCACCCAGGCUCCAGGCAACUCGUCGGCCAUACCAAUGGGGUCAAUGGAACCAGAACUACCCACUACAACGACCACUCAAGAGAGUUUGGUCGAAAAGACAGAAGACCUGGCUCGAAAGAUGAAUAUGGAACCAUGGCAGCUCGUGGCCAUACUUGUCGGUGUUGGUGUCGUGGUUCUCGGAAUAUGUUUCUGCUGCAUACGACGAUGUUGCCGCAAACGACGCUCCAAGGAUGGCAAGAAGGGGAUGAAGGGAGUCGACUUCAAGUCCGUCCAGCUGUUAGGCUCAGCUUACAAAGAAAAGGUGCAGCCGGAUAUGGAAGAGCUCACGGAGAACGCAGAGGAACCUGAUGAAGGCGAGGAGAAGAAGGAAGAGCAAAAGCUUGGAAAAGUCCAGUAUAAGUUGGAGUAUGACUUUAACAGUAACAGCUUGUCAGUGACAGUAAUACAAGCUGAAGAUCUUCCGGCGCUAGACAUGGGCGGGACAUCGGAUCCCUAUGUCAAAGUUUACCUUCUGCCCGAUAAGAAGAAGAAGUUCGAAACCAAAGUCCAUCGAAAAACGCUCAGUCCUGUCUUCAACGAAACUUUCGUAUUUAAGAAUGUGCCAUAUGCUGAUGCAAUGAACAAGACACUUGUGUUCGCGAUCUUCGACUUCGAUCGGUUCUCCAAGCACGACCAAAUCGGUGAGGUGAAGGUACCUCUAUGCCAGGUAGACCUUGCGCAGACUAUUGAGGAAUGGCGUGAACUGCAAAGCGUAGAAGGCGAGGGCGGACAGUUGGGAGACAUAUGUUUCUCGUUGCGAUAUGUACCGACAGCUGGAAAGUUGACCGUGGUCAUUUUGGAAGCAAAGAACCUCAAAAAGAUGGACGUCGGUGGUUUGUCAGAUCCGUACGUAAAGAUAGCGCUCAUGCAAAACGGGAAACGUCUUAAAAAGAAGAAGACGAGCAUCAAGAAGUGUACAUUGAAUCCUUAUUACAACGAGUCAUUUACUUUUGAAGUACCAUUCGAGCAAAUACAGAAAGUAAACCUAGUGGUGACCGUGGUGGACUAUGAUCGCAUCGGGACUUCGGAACCUAUUGGUAAGGUGGUGCUGGGCUACAACGCGUCUGGAACCGAGCUACGUCACUGGUCGGACAUGUUGGCGAGUCCAAGACGUCCCAUUGCGCAAUGGCACACCCUUAAAGACCCAGAAGACGGAGAAAAGAAGGAUUAA